AUGGCAGAUGGUGUAUCGUGGACACCAACUUCCUCAUUAGAGGAGGAACAUAUAGUACUUGAUGACUUAGUCGAUACCUUGGAUUAUGUUAAUGACUUAAAACCCAAUUAUACUCCCGUUGAGCACCCGACAGAGCCAUCCCUUUCCCUUUACUACACACUGGCUAGGCUAGUGCUUCUCAGUUCCGAGUACAAGCCCAAUGAGGAUGAGGAGGACACUGCCACCUCAGCAGAGACCUCACCACCUAGAUCACUCCUUCACACCAGUCGUAUAGGACACCCACAGGAGUCAUCCACUACACCUCCUCCUACCUUAGAUACCCCUGUGGAGCAUGUCAUCUCUCUUCUGGAGCCUUGCACCACCCAUCACUCAGACCGUAUUGGAGCGAUGGAUAGUGAGCUCUUCUUAUUAAGGAUAGUCGUAAUGCAGCUCAUGGAGAGGGUACAAUACUUGGAGGAGGAAAGCCAGUUAGUCCAGCUGAUGACACUUCUUAUAGUGUAUUGUUGUUCACAGUUUCCUUCUAUUUUUGGCCCUAGCAUGGUAGCUAAGAGGGAUAUGGAUACUUUUCUGUUAGGUUAG